AUGAGAUUUUAUUUCACUUUUCUUUUCUUUUUUCUCUGCAAUAAAUAUGUUCAAUCAAUUAAGAACGAUCCUGAACAAUUCUUAAUCGGUGCGGGUAUUUAUGAUAUAACUGGUCAAGUUGCCGAAAUUGGUUUUAUGGGAUAUGCUGUUCCUAAACAACGUGGUCAAGGUUUAUUACAACGAAUGCGUGCACGUGCAUUUAUCAUUGGUGAUCCGAAUAAUGAAAAUAAUCGUGUUGUUUAUGUAUCAGUUGAUAAUGGAAUGGCAUUUCAAAUUGUUAAAACAGAAGUUGCGGAUCGAUUAAAUAAAACAUUUGGAUCAAAAAUUUAUAAUGAAAAAAAUGUUUUAAUCUCAGGUACACAUACACAUUCAACACCAGGUGGAACAGGUGGAACUGCACUUGUUGAUAUUACAACAUUUGGAUUUGUUAAAGAAAAUUGGGAAGUAUGUGUUAAUGGUAUUGUUCAAGCUAUUCAACAUGCACAUCAAAAUCUUCAAUUAGGAAGAAUUAAAAUCAAUAUUGGACAAGUUAAUAAUGCAAAUAUUAAUCGUUCACCAGCUUCAUAUUUAAAUAAUAUUGAUAAAAAUAAUUAUACAGAUAAUACAGAUCAUGAAAUGACUGUUCUAAGAUUUGAAUCUUUUGAUGGAAAAAAUGAAAUUGGAAUGAUGAAUUUUUAUCCUGUUCAUGCAGUUAGUUUAAACAAUACAAAUUUAUUAGUUGCUGGAGAUAAUAAAGGUUAUGCAUCGUAUUUAUUUGAAAAAGCAAAAAAUCCAAUAGGAACUUUACCGGGACAAGGUCAAUUUGUUGCAGCAUUUGGACAAAGUAAUGAAGGUGAUGUCAGUCCAAAUCUAAUGGGACCGAAAUGUAUUGAUACUGGUUUACCUUGUGAUUUUGCAACAUCAACAUGUCAUGGAAGAACAGAAAAAUGUAUCGCUUUUGGACCAGGAAAAGAUAUGUAUGAAUCAAAUACAAUUAUUGGACAAAGACAAUUUGAAACAGCAAAAGAUUUAUACGAUAGAGCACAAACAUUUCUCAAUGGAAAUGUUCAAUAUCGACAUACAUAUAUUGAUAUGCAAACAAUUAAUGUAAGUAGUCGAUUUACAUCAACAAAACGAAAUGAAACAACAUGUCAAGCAGCACUUGGUUAUGGAUUUGCUGCUGGAACGACCGAUGGACCAGGAGAUUUUGAUUUUACUCAAUCGAAAAAUUCGACAAAUCCUUUUUGGCAAUUUGUUUCAGCAUUUUUAGCGAAACCAACACCAGAACAAAUUAAAUGUCAAGCACCAAAACCAAUUUUACUCGAUGUGGGUCUUAUUAAACCAAUUGAAUGGGUUCCUUUUGUUUUACCACAACAAAUCUUUCAAAUUGGUCAAUUAUAUAUUAUUGGACUUCCUGGUGAAUUUACAACAAUGAGUGGACGAAGACUUAAAGCAACAGUAAAACAAGCAUUGAUCAAUGCAGGUACAUGGACAUCGGAUAGUCAUGUUGUUAUUGCUGGUCUUUCUAAUAGUUAUACACAUUAUAUAACAACAUAUGAAGAAUAUCAACAACAACGUUAUGAAGGUGCUUCAACAUUAUAUGGUCCACAUACAUUAGCUGCUUAUCAACAAAUUUAUGAUGAUUUAGCAACAAAAUUAGCACGAAAUCAAUCAGUACCAUCUGGUCCACAACCUUAUGAUAUGAGAGGAAAAACAUUUUCAUUUGUUUUACCACCAAUAUGGGAUGGUGUACCAAUUGGAAAGAAAUUUGGUGAUGUUAUCACUGAUGUAAAUUCAUCAUAUAAACCAGGUGAUAUUGUUCGUUGUUCAUGGUGGGGUGCAAAUCCGCGUAAUGAUCUUUUCACAGAAAAAUCUUAUCUUUAUAUUGAUCGAUAUGUAAAUCAAACAUGGAUUCCAAUUUUAACUGAUUCUGAUAUUGAAACACGUUUUCAUUGGAAAAGAGAAGCAAUUGAUCAUAGUAUAAUUACUGUUGAAUGGUUUAUUCCAUCAAUAUAUCCAACUGGUAAAGAUUUAUAUCGAAUUCGUCAUAAUGGAGUGAAAAAUAAUCUAUUUGGUAAAGAACCAUACAAUGCUUUUUCGAAAAAUUUUAUUAUUCAAAAUUAA